GCCUCUGCAUUUGAACAAUAUGAUGAGUAUGCUUCAAAUGGCAUUCAUUGCUUCGGUCUUCAGCAUCUUAGCUGGCCAAGGCUCUGACUGCAUGGAAAUCAUUGGAGGUCAUGAUGUUAAAGCAUAUUCAAGACCUUAUAUGGUGUCCAUCCAGGUGAACAAGCAGCAUGUAUGUGGAGGAACACUGAUCCACGCAAAAUGGGUUCUGACUGCAGCAAACUGUGCACAAUUGAUCAAGAAAAAGAAAGCCACAGUUGUUCUUGGAGCUCGUUCACUCCAAAAGACGGAUAAUAUUGAACAAACCAUUUCUGUUAAAAAUAUUUUCCCACACCCUGAAUUCAAGCACAAAAUAGAAAAUGACAUCAUGCUUUUGGAGUUAGCACAAGCUGCAGAUGUUAAGAAGAAGGGUGUAGAAAUCUUGAAGUUGCCAACUUCAACAAAGGACGUUAAAGCUGGAGUAAAGUGCAGAAUUAUUGGAUGGGGACAAACCAGGCCCAGGGAUAAAAAACAGUCUAACACUUUGAAAGAGGCAACCAUAUCAGUGAUUGACCGGAAAACCUGCAAUAGUAAACAAUAUUACAAUGGGAGCCCAGUUAUAACAGACAACAUGAUUUGUGCAGGUGACAAAAAAGGCAGAAAAGAUUCCUGCCUGGGUGAUGCAGGAGGCCCAUUAAUGUGCAAAAUAAAGACCCUGAGCCGGAAGGAAGACAUUGUUGGAAUUGCUUCAGCUGGAUCCAAUUGCGCAAUUGCAAGACACCCUGGCAUUUACACUCGGCUAACAGAAAAAUAUCUAAGCUGGGUGAAGAAAACAAUUGGAGUUGUAAAUUUUAAUGAAACCCUUGAAGAAAUCUUUCUUAAAAUGAGCAAAAUGUUUCAAGUAGUCUUUAUUGCAUCAAUAAUCAAUGCCUUAGCAAAUCAUGGUUGUGUCUGUGUAAAAAUUAUUGGGGGGCAUGAUGUUAAACCUGGUUCUCGUUCUUUCAUGGCAUCCAUCCAAUGUGCAGAUGAACAUGUUUGUGGAGGAACCUUAAUCCAUGCCCAAUGGGUCUUGACUUCAGCAAACUGUGCAUUUUGUUUUUUUCAAAAGAGAAAAACCUCGGCUGUUCUUGGGACCCACUCCUUGAAAGACAAAAAGAAAGCACAAACACUUAAAGUGAUCUUUGCAGAACAACAUCCUGCGUACAACAAAAACACAGAACAGAACAACUUGGCGCUACUCAAGCUGGAUAAAGCUGCAAAACUGAAUAAGUUUGUAAGGACCCUCCCACUGCCAAGAUCAACAAAAGAUAUUAAAAAUGGAACAAAAUGCGACAUUCUAGGAUGGGGACAAACAGAUGUUGAUGAUGAUGAUUCAUCUGACACUUUGAAAGAAAUUCGUGUAACUGUCAUAAAGCGGCAACUCUGCAACAGUAAACUCUACUACAACCAUAAUCCAGUCAUAACAGAUGAUAUGUUAUGUGCUGGUGAUGAAAAGGGGAGGGCUAAAUCGUGCAGGGGUGAUGCAGGCGGACCAUUGAUAUGUAAAACUCUGAUAAAACAGUUUGCCGGUAUUGCUGCCUUUGAAAAGGAUUGCAACGCUGUGAAUAUGCCUGGAAUUUAUAUGCGUUUAUCCAAGAAUUACGUCAAGUGGAUAAAGGAAACCAUAAAAAGGCAAAUGGACAACACCACAUUAGAGUAAAUUGAAAAGAAAUGAUUGGUUAAAAAAAGUAAGCGUGUGUGCUUUGGGUAGUGAUUUUGAAAAUAGAACAUAAACAAUUGGGCAGUUACACAUGUCAAAAUGCCUCUUCACUUGUUCACUAGUCUCAUAAUUUGGUUGAGCAGCCAUGAUAUUUUGAGAUCUAUGGAGCAAAACAUUAGAAUGCUGCAAUGCGAAAGAAAGCUAAUUAGUGUCAAAUUUAGCUGAGUAGCAUUCCAACGG